AUGAAGACAGCAAUUUUCUGGGUAGCUGCAGCAGCGCCUGCCUUGGUUUCCAGCUUGCAGCUGCAUGCACGGCUUAGCGACGAUGCAAAUCUUUCCUCAGUGGCGCUCUUAGAGGAAAAGAGCCCGCAAGCUUUGCUGCAGAUGGACCGCCUGCGCCACUUAGCACCCAGAGCCCGCCUGGUUCGUGAAUUGGGACGCCGUAUCAAUCAAGGAAGUGGUGCUGAUGGGCUUCCGGAAGGCGCUAAAAGCAGUGAAAACAAUGCCUGGCCAAACCAAGUGGGCAGGACCAGUGCCGACGCCGUGCUGCAGAGCCGGCUGGCCCGGCGCACCGCUGCAGCAGCCUCUCCACAACUCGGAGGCCAGUCGCGUUUGUUGGAGCCGUCAUCUGCUGCUGCCCACAAGCCUGUCUUCGCCCGACGCCUGAUCUCUUCUCCUCAAAAGCAUCAAUUUCCUCCCUUCCAAGGCUCGGGGGCAGGGCUGAGGCGAACAGGUGCUAUUCGUUUGAGUUCAACUUCCGCGAAGGCCUCUGCGAGCGAGGAGGCACAACCGGAGCAAAAGGAGGCAACGCCACCUUUGACUAAAGAGCGGAGGGAGGCACUGCAAAAGGAAGUGGUUGACGCUGUUGCUCACAACACUAAAGUGCUUAGACUCGAAAGGCAAAAGAGACCGUCGUCGUUAUUCAGGCAAGAAGUAGAGCGGAGUGUGCGAAGAGCGCUGAAGUACAUGUGUCCUGGUAACACUGAAGAUGGAACAAUAAUACUAACAAACGUCAGGGACAUAACAACUGGGGACUUGGCUUUUCACUCCGUCGCCAUGAAAGUUGGGCCGGCGCUUGGUGUUGGGGGUGCUGGUCUGGUGCUACUACUGGAGGUUUUGAGUGACAAUGCUGCUUCAGCUCUGGGUGCCAAGCAGCUAGCAGCAAAAAUUACAUAUUUCCCUGUGCCGAACCCAUCGCCCUCGCCGGCUGAACUGAGGCACGCAAAUCAUAUGAUAGAAGAUAUAACCGCGUCCGAGAUAAAUUCAGUUAGGCGACUAGUCCUCGCGGCUGCUCAAAACCUCACAGAAGGUGCCAGGGUUAGCACAAAAGAUGUAGCACAAGAAAACGGCUGGGCGAUGCCGCUGUUUGAGGCCUAUGUAGGGUCGUCACGACGGAGGCCGCAGCACCAUGGAGGUCACAUGAUCGGCGCCAAAGUGAUUCUUUCCCAACUAAUGCUGGGAGAUGGACAUUCCCUGGGCUUGCCAUCUGGCAAGGGUGAGCCGUAUUUGGCGCCAAGUUUGGAGGCCCGAGAACUGUUCUGCAAGGAACUUAUUCUGAGUGUGGCGAGAAUGCACGAGUUGGGUCACUGCCACAUGGACAUUAAGCCUGAAAAUGUACUUAUUUCUCCCAGCGGAAAGCCGCGGUUGAGCGACUUCGGGAUGGUGGGAAGGUCAGGGGAAAAUAGGGCAUGUUACAAUGGCACCAUUAUGUUCAUGGACCCAUUCACUGCGUCUUGCGCCAUCCGCGAAGGCCGCUUGCCCUUAAGCACGACCUAUGAUGCAUGGGCAUUGGGGGCAACGGCAUAUGUCUUUUUAACGGGAGGGCAAAUGCCCUACAAGAUUAAUCCCGGAGAGAAUUUGCUGAAGCAACUGGCCUCCAUGGACAUCACUAAUCAGGGUGCGCGAGCCAAAUUGACAAGUCUUGUGAAGGGAGAUACGUUGGAAGACCCCACAGUCAAACUUUUAGAGUUGGGAGUUUCAUCCAAGAUGGCUCAUGCUGUCGGCUCGAUGCUUCACCGCGACAAAAAUAAAAGAUCUAGUGUGACAGGAGUGGCAAAGGCUUUUCAGGAUUAA